AUGAAGUUAUUGUACGUUCAAUGUAUUGUCUUAAAAAUAACUCUUGCUAUUCUUUUUUGUCUGAACUUGUCGGAGAGCCAAAAAACUGAAGACCAUGGUGCUAAGAGGAAGAAUGCUCAGUACGGAGGUGACUCGAUAGAUGUUGUCGUGCAGCCGGUUGUGCGCUCAAAGAUGUUCAGCUUCGCUCCCAGGUCCUACUUGGAUGCUGACCUCUACGCCAAGUCCAAUAUUCAGGACCAGCAGUUUCUAAGGGAUGUCACCAGCAGAAUGCCGACGGUGGGCUUGGAAACCAGACUGCCUCCAGCUCCAAUAAUUGUGGAUCCAAUGGUUUCCAGGGUGGGAUACGUCUCAAGAGCAUCCAUCCCUCCCUCAGGAGCAACCAUGGUUCACCAGGAGCACAUUCACCAUCACCAUCGUGCACCAUCCUACCAUAGAUCCCCGUUGGUGCAUAGGCGUAGUGAUGAGAUGGAUGCAGAGGUGCAGGCUUUCCUGGAUUCUACCCCUCAGAGCAGUACCGCCCCUCAACAAUUGGAUCGUCUGGAUGGACUGCUUAUGGAAGCUAUUCUUCUGUAA